AUGACAACCCUCAGAGUUGGCGUCAUCGGAGCCGGAGAAGUCGCCCAAGUCAUCCACCUCCCCACGCUCUCUCUCCUCUCCCACCUCUACCAAACCGUCAGCAUAUGCGACAUAUCCCUCCAUACCGCACAACACUGCGCAACCAAAUUCCACAUCCCACGCGCCACGACCGAUCCCCUUGAAAUCAUCAACGACGCUAACAUCGACGUUGUCUUCAUCCUAACCAGCGACGAGUUCCACGCCGAAUACACCAUCGCCGCUUUGCAGGCCGGGAAGAAUGUCAUGGUCGAGAAGCCACUGACGCUCUCCAUACCAGCUGCUCAGCGCAUUAUUGAUGCCGAGAAAAAAUAUGCAAAGGGGAGAGUGUUCGUAGGCUAUAUGCGUCGCUAUGCGCCUUCAUUCACAGGCGCGUUUCUGCGCGAAGUAGCUUCCAUACCCAAGAUUCUGUAUGCGCGAGUGCGCGAUAUGAGCGGACCCAAUGCGUUUUUUGUGAGCCAAAGUGGCACGUUCCAGGUCAAGAGUAGCGGUGCAGAUAUCCCGGAUACUGCGGUCGAGACACGAAACAGGUUACUAGACGAGUUGUACCGUGAAGCAUUCCCUAAUGCGCCCAAUGGCGUCGUCACAGACGCCAUGAAGAAGUACUGUCGUUUCCUGGGCAGUCUUGGCUCGCACGACUUGUCGUUGAUGCGCGAAGCACUAGGUGGAUUGACGCCGUACUCUAUUGACGGGGUUUCGGUGAAUGACCCGUUUUAUUCUGCUAUUCUCAGCUUCAGGGACGGGAAGCAAAACGAGUUUGCGGUUAUGUACGAAAGUGGGAUCGAUUGUGUGGCUGAUUUUGAUGCCCACAUGGCUGUUUAUGGGGAGAAGAAGCGUGUUUCGAUACAGUAUGACACGCCUUAUGUCAAGGGGUUGCCGAUCAAAGUUCGUGUUGAGGAGGUAAAUGAGUAUGGUGAGAAGGAGGUUAGGGAGAUUGUUUCGAGUUAUGAGGAUGCUUAUACGGCUGAGUUGAAGGAGAUGUAUGAUUGUUUUGUGAAUGGGAAGGAGAUUAAGACGACCGCCGAAGAUGCGGUGAAUGACUUGAAAUUGUAUGAUGCGAUGUAUCGGAAGGCUGGGUGGUAG